UUCAAUUAAUGGCGACGUGGCAGGACGACAGGCUGGGGGGCGAGGGAGGAUUGAGACAGAACGGUUCGUUUUGAACUUUCAACAACGACCUGUUCGACCUCGUAAAACUUGCGAGUAUUAAGCAAAGCCGAAUUUGCGUGGCACUCGAUGGCUCCUCAAACAAUGUCGUUUCCAUCUUCAACUGAAAGCAAUCUGGUGCCUAUUCGACAACUCCUAUUACUGAUGUUCACCAUGUGGGAUUAGUCUUUGGAAUGUGCUUACGACAAAUUGUUUAUGCAAUUGGAGCAACCAAUCUAAAUUUGGUUUAUCUACCAAGCUCGUGGAGAAGAAUUUUUUCCCCAAGCAUUUGGGAUCUGGAAAAACAGAUGGCACAAAAAGUGUUGAUGCUUUCAUUUCGUGUUCAUAUAGUGCAGAGAAAGAUCCAUGUGGACCUUCCAACAGAAAACUAACUGAAGCAAGUGUAAUUUAUUGCGUAGCUCCUGCCAUGGGGCAUAACCAGGAGUCACAUCCAGAAUCUAACUUUAGAGUUCCAGCUAUUGUGAGUGCGCUUGAAAAGAUGGAGCUUACUUCCAAGGUAUCAAACACAUUUCGUGGCUCAAGGAUCAUUGAACAAAAAUUCAGACCUGCUACGGUAGAUGAUAUUGCAAGUGUUCAUGCAAGUGCUUAUGUGUCAGGUCUCAAGAAGGCAGUGGACCAGACUUCACAAAAUGGCAUAAUUUUCAUUGAUGGCUCUGGACCAACAUAUGCCACUUCAACUACAUUCCAGGAUUCCUUAAUUGCUGCUGGGGCAGGAAUAUCCUUGGUUGACUCUGUGGUGGCAGCAUCAAAGAGCAGCCGGGAUCCACCCACAGGUUUUGCUCUGAUACGACCACCGGGCCAUCAUGCAAUUCCAAAGGGGCCUAUGGGAUUUUGUGUUUUUGGAAAUGUGGCCAUUGCAGCUCGUUAUGCUCAACGUCAUCAUGGAUUAAAGCGUGUGUUCAUCAUUGAUUUUGAUGUUCACCAUGGGAAUGGAACAAAUGAUGCAUUUUAUGAUGAUCCAGACAUAUUCUUCCUUUCCACUCACCAAGAUGGAAGCUAUCCAGGUACAGGUAAAAUUGAUGAGGUAGGAUAUGGAAAUGGUGAAGGAGCAACUCUAAAUCUACCUCUUCCAGGAGGUUCAGGUGAUACUGCCAUGCGGAUUGUGUUUGAUGAAGUCAUCGCACCGUGUGCUCAAAGGUUCAAACCAAAUAUAAUUCUAGUAUCAGCUGGUUAUGAUGCGCACGUAUUGGACCCUCUAGCCAGUCUACAAUUUACUACAGGAACAUAUUACAUGCUUGCAUCCAACAUUAAACGACUCGCAAAAGAUUUAUGUGGUGGUCGUUGUGUGUUUUUCUUGGAAGGAGGAUACAACCUCAAAUCUCUUUCAUAUUCAGUUGCAGACUCAUUUCGUGCUUUUCUUGGGGAGAAAAGCUUAGCAUCUAAGUUUGACGAUCCUGCCAUUUUGUAUGAAGAACCAUCAAGCAAGCUGAAGCAAGCAGUUCAGAGAGUGAAACACAUACACUCGCUGUGAAGACAUUUAUAGUGUCAACUCUGAUCAAAGAUGGUGAACGUAGUCUCCUUUGUUUGUGAAACUGUUUUGCUUUCAUAGGAUGAUUAGCAUGUGUUGUAGAGUACUAUUUGGCAUGCAUAGUAUCAGAGUUACAUGUUAUUGGUACGAGAACUAGCUCAAAACGUUUUUAUUAUUUUCUUAUUUUCUUAUUUUCUUUGUCCAUUUUUUUUGCAUAUUUUGGUUGAUGUACAUAUGCAGACCAAUAAAUUGUGUGGUUUACCAAUAAGAAUGAAUGUGUUUUCGUCAA